AUGUUCAACGAAGGACUGCAUAAUGCCAUCAGCUUAGCCAUCACCGGCCUUAUACGACCUCUCCCCGAGGUUCCAGUCGCCGUGGGUGAUCUGGAGGCAAAGCCUGACGAUCUGCCACUUUCCCUGGCCCCUGAUCAAAACCCGGGACCGCAGCAAUCAGCAGAGGCCAUGACCCCGGACAGCAGCACUGCCGCCUUGCCCUCCCCAGCAAACGGCACCACAGCUGAUGUCGGCCAGCCUCAAGUCACCCCCUUGGGCAUCUGCCCCUCCGACUGCCGGUGCAAGUGCCACCGUGACGGAAUACGUAGUAGGUGUCUAUCCAUCGUGGAUAGCCGGGACAUCGAGGUCCAAACCUUCCGUACUAUCGAUUUGCAGAUCAGCCAGGGAAUGUGGGAGGCAGCGCGGGAGUCAGUUGAGGAGAGGAUCAUAGUACUAGAGGAGGAGAUGGAAACAUCUCCAUGGGAGCGGGAAACGAGCUUCGACAUGUGGUUCUAUGAGAAGUACACCAAGGAGGAACUGGUCGCACUAAGAGGCGGGAUAGAGCUGGAGCGUGAUGAUGUUUGUUUCGCAGCCAUCGAAUCCUUUGGAAACGAGUCGUCGCCAAGGCAGGCAAGCGAUGCGCGCCAAGAGCCUUGGAAGGGUCACGGGUGA